GUUAGCGCUGGAAAGUGGGCAGCCGCCAUGUUCCACAGGCCGCAGCGCAACUUCCGAAGGCGGAGGGCCUCCUCCUCCUCCUCCUCCAGCAGCAGCAGCAACAACGCUGAGGAGAAGAAGGAGGAGGAGGAGGAGGAGAAGAAGGUGGACAAGGAGGAGGAAGAGGAGGAGGAAGGGUCAGGAAGCGGGCAAGAAGGCCCAGAGGGGCCCGGGGCCGAACAUGAGGAACCAGGCCCAGGCCCAAACUCACCCCCGGCUGUCGGGCCUGACGACCCCCAAGCAAUCCACCUGUCAAAAUCCUGGAUGCUUGAUAAUUCUGGAGAUGAGGGGGAUGAAUCCCGUCCCUCUUCAGAUAGCGAAGUUGACCACUAUUCAUCUUCUGAAAGUCAGUCCAGUGCUUCGCAGGAAAAGGACAGUUCACCAGUUAAAAUUCCUGAUGCGGCUUACAUCCAGGCAGCCCGGAGAAAACGGCAGUUGGCCAGGUCCCAGUGCAGCUUCAUACCUCUGAAUACAAAUCCAAAGACGGGUGACAAGCCCUUCGAUCUCAAGAGCGGCGAUGCAGAUAGUGAGGAUGAACCCGAUGAUCAUGAAAAGAGAAUUCAGUUUGCUCCCAAGCCCCAAACUCUGAAACAGAGAAUGACUGAAGAAACAUCAUCUCCAAAUGACGACUCACGUGAAAGCCAGGAAGACGAAACGCAAGAUAUUUGGGAACGACAACAGAUGAGUAAAGCGGUCAAAAUCACACAAGGAAUUGACCUGUCCCAUACCCACAGACCCCAGCCACCCAAGAUCAAGAUCGAUACAGCACGUCCACCGGUGAAUUUGGAAAUCAUAAAAAAGAAAUUGAAUCUCAGAUUAACCUCGUUACAGGAUAUUCAUCGUUCACAUCAAAGGGAAUAUGAAAAGUACCUUCAGGACAUCGAAACCUCCAAGAGUACUAUCAAGCGUCUAGAGAAGGCAUCAGAACCAGCUCUAAAUUAUAAAUUCUAUAAGGGUAUGAAAACUUACUUGGAAAACCUGGUUGACUGUCUUAAUGAAAAGAUGGUGGACAUCAAGGAACUAGAAUCAUCCAUGUAUCUCCUUCUUAGAAAACAAGCCAAGAUCCUUUUGAAACGAAGGCAAGAAGAUUUACUAAGUGAAUCAACUUAUUUGCAAAAGUUAUCAGGAAAGACUGGUACUCCAACAGAUGACAGUGUGGCGGUUGAUGAAAAAGUACAACUCCUGGAAGAGUGCAAGGCCCGAAGGGCACACAGAAGGCAAGCAAGAGAAAGUACCGGGAAAUGUGAUCACCAGGAAGGGAUGUCCAGUGAUGAUGAGGUCUCUCCUGCUGAGAUGAAUGACUUCCAGAAAACCAAAGAUGAUAUUUUACAGAGCCGUAAGAAAAUUUUUGAAGACGUGCAUGAAGACUUUUGUAUUAUAGAGAAUAUUCUGGUGAAAUUCCAGCAGUGGCGAGAGAAGUUUCCCGAUUCCUAUUACGAGGCAUAUGUUAGCCUGUGCCUCCCUAAACUUUUGAAUCCACUAAUCAUAAUCGAGUUAAUAGACUGGAAUCCUCUUAAGCCGGAUUGCAUAGGCUUGAAACAGAUGUCGUGGUUCAGAUCUGUAGAGGAAUUCAUUAAGAAGGAUGUAUCGGAAUUGAAGAAGGAAGGCAAUCCUGAUGAAAAGAUUCUGCCUACCAUCAUUGACAAAACAGUUAUUCCUCAAAUUGCAGGUUUUGUGGAAUUUGUGUGGGAUCCCUUGUCCACUUCACAGACAAGCAGCCUAAUAAAACACUAUGAAAUAAUAUUUGGAGCCCCCUCAACUUGUGACAGUGAAGCAAGGAAAGCCAAGCAGGAUUUGAUGGGGUCCAUCAUCUCAAGAAUGAAGAAGGCAAUAGAUGAAGACGUCUUCAUCCCUCUGUAUCCCACGUGUGUUGUGGAAGACAAAACGUCACCCCAUUUAAAGUUUCAGGAAAGACAGUUCUGGUCUGCUCUAAAGCUCUUUGGCAAUAUUCUUCUUUGGGAUGGCUUCCUCCUGGAAGAUGCCUUGUGGGAGUUAGGCCUGAGCAGGCUGCUGAAUCGCUACCUGAUCACCUGUCUACCCAAUGUACCGCCUGGACCAGACCUUAUCGAAAAAUGCCACCGGGUCAUAGCGUGUCUACCAGAAAGAUGGUUCAGAGGGCUUCACACGAGAUCAUCCCUCCCUCAGCUCGCACAUUUCACCCAGUUUUUGGUGCAGUUGGCCCAUAAAUUGUAUAAAAGUGAAAAGAGGGAUCAGUUAAGAGACUUAAUUUGUCUCCUGGUGAAAGUAAGAGCUUUGGAUCAAGCAGAAGCCUUCAUAGAGGAAUAUUCACUGGAACAGCUCAAGUUAAUAAUCGAAGAAGCAGAAUAAAGUGGAAGACGAAAUACGGGAUUCUAAAAAGUUUCGUUUCAACAAAAGGACCUGACUUGUCCCCGUUUGGGAGCGAUGAGGCCAGAGAUCACGUGAAACUGGGGUUUGGGGGGACGGGGUCGUGCUUUGAAUCAGUUCUCCUCUUUCCCGCUGUCUGUUUUUGAUAUCAUUCGGAGGAACUGGCCAAGACGGAAUGGGACGGAGAGAUUGGGAGGAAGGUAGGUGAAGGAACAAAACUGUUGAAUUACGAGGUAUUGCAUAUGGGGGUUAGGCGGGGAGGAGAAAUGGAGGAAAGUGGUGUUGACUUAAAACCCAGCAUCAUCAUCGUUUCAGAGAACUAUGGUGUUUCAGAUUAUCCCAAGAGGAGGAAUAUUAACUGCUUAUUCUGUUUGUAGGAUUCACGUGUACAGCACCUGAUACUCCGAUCACAAUGAUCUUUUGAGAUGGUUAAGAUAUGUAAACAGAAACUUGUUUUUGUAUUUUUGAAAUAAUUUGAAAUGGCCUUGGAUAGAUUUUUUUUAAUGCGCAGUUUAAUGCCCAAGAAAUAUUUUCUGCGGAGCUUAUUGGUUCAACUUCCCUUUGAAGUUUUUAUUUUGCAGUAAAAUGAUUCAACUCCAAUA